AUGAGUGUUUAUCUCUUUGGAGAUGGUCUUAGUUAUGGAAAUGAACCAUUAGCUAAACUUCAGUUAACAACCGAUGCAACACGUGAUGAUCUUCGAAAAGCGAUGUCACAAUCAUUAAGAGAUAAAUUCAAUAGUUAUUCCAUUGCUCGUCGUCCAAUACGUUUUGAUAAAGAAGAUACAACACUUUUAUCAGCAUUUUGUCGAACAAGAUAUGGAAAAACAAAAUUUGUAGAAUUUCCACUUUGUAUUACAAUUCACGAAUCACCGAGAUAUAUGAAUAGUGGACAUACAAUGACUGAACCAAUUUCUUAUUUAAGUUCUCGAGAAUUCGAUGGGAAAUUUCGUUCAUUAUGUCAACGAUCGACAAUUCGUGUUAUUGGAAAAUUAAAUGAAUCACAAAGAUUUACAUGUUCAAAUCUUAUCUUUACUUUUCCUGUAAAUUGUACUGAAAGUGAUAUUUCACUUGAAAUUGAAUUUGUCAAUUCACCAAAAUUCGAUACAUUUCAAUUACCUGAAUGUUUGUGUCUUUUUCGAACAAAUUAUGCUGACGAAAGUAAAACUAAAUUCAAUGAAAUGGCCAAUAUUGAAUAUCGAAAUGAAGGAAAUGUUUAUUUCUUCAAUCAACAAUUGGAGAACCAUUUGUUAUUCGUGAUCAUCCACUUUAUUGUCGUUCUCUUCAAAUUCGUAAACAAAAUCCAAGGUAAAUCCCAAUCGAUUUUCACCUGUUCCAUCUCCAAUAUCACCCCAAUAAGAAUCUUUAUUAGUAUNUGUUUAUGUCUUUUUCGAACAAAUUAUGCUGACGAAAGUAAAACUAAAUUCAAUGAAAUGGCCAAUAUUGAAUAUCGAAAUGAAGGAAAUGUUCGUUUAUAUACUUGGAUUGAAUCUCAACCUUAUUGGUUUUUAGAUAAAUCUAAACCUCGAUAUUUACCAACAAUUGGUAGAAUUCACGCAUUCAUUCGUCAUGUUGAAAUUGUUCCAUCUUCAUUAAUUCUUCCACCUGAUUUAUUUCUUCAAUCAACAAUUGGAGAACCGUUUGUUAUUCGUGAUCAUCCACUUUAUUGUCGUUCUCUUCAAAUUCGUAAACAAAAUCCAAGUAAAUAUCCACGUAUUGCUUAUCAUGGAACAUCAAUUGGAGUGAUUCUUUCAAUUCUCAUGGAUGGACUUGUCAUGCCAAGUACUGUUGUAUCAAGUGGAAAACGUGUUUGUCCUCCAACGAAUCAUAUUCCACGAAAAGUAAAACAUCAUAAUAUUGAAGAUUUUUCCAACGGAAUCUUUGUUAGUCCAAGUAUUUAUUAUUGUUCUGAUCCAGCAUAUGCAGUGACAUUUUCUGAUGGUGAUCAACGUGUUGUAGCUGUUUUAGAAUGUUCUGUUAAGGAUGGAAAAUUCGAUAUUAUUCCAAGUACAGUUUCAACAUAUAAACCUCAUCCAACUGAUGAUCCGAAAAGUUUAGAAUGGCGUUUUACAAAUCCUGCAGAUAUUGAAAUACUUUCUGUACUUUUUAUUCCUCAAAUUCGAUCGAGAAUUGCCGAAGCAAAAUGUCGAGCGGCUAAACUCGGUGUAAAUCCGAAUGAUCUUUAA